AUGCCACUGAAUCUACUUUUCGGUUUUGCAUGCACUUUCACUGUCGCAAAUUUGUACUACUCCCACCCUAUUCUGGAUAUACUUGCCUCGUCCUUCAAUGUCAGCCAAGAACGAGCAAGUAUCAUACCUACGGCUGCUCAGGGCGGUUAUGCAGCAGGGUUGUUGUUCAUCUGCCCUUUAGGUGAUCUAGUUAAGCGGAGACCAUUCGUCCUAUGGCUCAUGGCUUUUACGGCUACAAUAACCCUGGGAUUAUGUCUAACGAGCAAGUUUGAGACAUUUAUCGCAAUCAAUUUCAUCAUGAGUGUGACGACUGUAACUCCGGUGAGAUUCCAUUCCUUCUUCCAUAUUCAGGCAGAUUCAGAUACGAAAAGUGAGCAAAUUAUGCUCCCUCUAGUUGGGCAACUUGCUGCACCUAAUCGGCGGGCCACCGCAUUAUCUAUUGUUGUAUCCGGCCUGUUGUUGGGCAUCCUAAUUGCACGCCUACUUUCCGGUAUCAUAGCCAACUAUUCAUCCUGGCGGAAUGUGUACUGGAUGUCAUUUGCGCUUCAAUAUGCAAUCCUGAUCCUACUCUGGAUCUGGAUGCCAGACUAUCCACAAACGAACAAACAUAUCAGCUAUUUCCGUAUUCUCUACAGUAUCCCUGAGCUUCUCUUGAAGAACCCGAUCCUGGUGCAAGCUUCCCUCAUUGGAUUCCUAAUUUCGUCUACUUUCACCUCAUUCUGGACCACGCUUACUUUCCUUCUUUCAGCUGAUCCAUACAACUAUUCGACUGUAAUCAUUGGUCUCUUUGCGCUUGCCGGGAUGGUGCCAAUGCUCUUUGGCCCUUUCUUUGCGAACAAGUUCACGGACAGAUUCCAAACUCAUAUCUCUGUGCUCAUUGGCACUCUAGUCUGUCUGCUUGGGAUUGCUAUCGGUACAUAUACCGGCAAACUCACGAUAGCAGGACCAAUUAUUCAAGCCGUACUCUUCGAUUUCGGCCAGCAGAUUGCACAGGUUGCCAAUCGCACGGCUAUCUAUGGGGUGGCGCCGAAGGCGGCUAAUCGUGUCAACACCGCUUACAUGCUUUGCGCAUUCUGUGGACAGCUCAUGGGUACGGCGGUUGGCAAUAAGCUAUAUGCUCGAGGUGGCUGGGUGCUGUCAGGCAGCGCGAGUGUGGGAUUUAUGGGAGGUGCUAUACUUGUUUUGCUGAUGAGGGGACCGCGAGAGACACGUUGGUUGGGGUGGCGAGGAGGGUUGCACCUUAGGAGAGCAAAACAACAGGAACAGAGUGAUAAUAACAGUGCGAGUGAACUGGAGAAAGAAAGCGGCGAGAAAGACGAUCAACGAGACACACAUUCUAAUUCUCAGGAUCAAGUCUUUCGGAAUGAGGAACAAGGACGACAAGAUGGCGAUAAAACUGGGAGAACAGAGGGAACAUUUGUCUCGAGCCAGGACUGA